GAAGAUGAAACAAACUUGAUAUCAAGCACCACCACAUACCUAACUAAUGGGGAUUGUGACUCAAGCGCGAGCAAUCAUUUGCUGCCUCAAAAGCGCAAAAUGCAUGCACGUGAGAGAAAAGCUUGCAUUUCUGGUUCGAGGUUUAAAGGGGUUGUAGGCCAACAUAAUGGUCAUUGGGGAGCUCAAAUAUAUACAAAUCAUCAAAGAAUUUGGCUUGGCACUUUCAAAACUGAAAUGGAAGCAGCAAUGGCUUAUGAUAGUGCUGCCAUUAGACUUCUUGGUCAAGAUCAUUCACAUAGAAAUUUGGCUUGGACAAAUGCCACAAUUCAAGAACCAAAUUUUCAGUCACAAUUUUCAACUGAAGAUAUUCUUAGGAUGAUCAAAGAAGGUUCCUAUCCUUCAAAGUUUGAUGAGUACUUGAAGGAAAAAUUUGAAGAGCAUUUUCACCCUUUGAAAACCUUACAUCCAGCGACCGAGGGAAAUGAUGAAUUCUCAUACAAGCAACUUUUCCAAAAGGAGCUUACUCCAAGUGAUGUUGGAAAGCUUAAUAGGCUUGUGAUCCCAAAGAAAUAUGCAUUGAAGUACUUUCCUCAAAUCCAAGAUGAUGAGAUGAUCUUUUAUGAUACCUCAAGGAGAUUAUGGAAGUUUAGAUAUUGCUAUUGGAAAAGCAGCCAAAGCUUUGUUUUCACAAAGGGUUGGAAUAAGUUUGUGAAAGAUAAAGGUUUAAGAGCCAAAGAUACAAUUGUUUUCAACUUGUGUGAAUUCAAGAAUGGAACAAAUUGCAAUGCCUUUGUGAUUGAUGUGGUGAAGAGUAUUGAAGUUUUGCCAAAGGAUGUAGCACUCAAUCAUCAACAAGAAGGAGCUAUUGAUGAUGAUGAAGUGGAAACAAAAGAAUUCAUGAGGACACAACCAUUUGAUCAUGAAGAUGCUUUGGUACCAGUUUGGCUUUUUGGGAAGCAAAUAGGCUGGUCAGAGACAAAAAAAAGCACCCUAUUUAGCAACGGAGUUUAAUUAAUAUUCACCGACAGCGUAAAGAACUUUUUGCACUAUCAGGUCAUCUUUGUUUGUUGCACCAGAUAAUCAACCUUAUUUUCAAGAAUGAAAAUCUCACUCUUUGUGGAGAUUAUCUGUGGAUAUUUUUUGCUGGCCUGAUAGUAUAAAAGUUUCUUUAAUAUUGUUGGUGGAUGUAAUUUAAACUCGAAAUGGAAUUCUACUUUUAGCAUUGGGAAGUACUUUAAUGUUCUUUCUUUCUUUUCUUUGGGGUGAGAAUUCUAAAGUUUUUUACUCCUGCACCCUUUGAAUGAUAGUGUUAACAUAAUUAUUGUUAGAUUUUGAUGUAAAUUAGACCAAAGUCCCUUCUUGUUACUAACGCUAAUAGUCAUUUAUAUUUCAAAAAAAAAAAAAAAAAAAAAAAAAAAAAAAAAAACAGGUUUGUUCAUAAAGUUUUACGCCGCCUGAUUUCCUGAAUAAAAUCUCUUGGUUUAGUUUAUGGAGUCAACGUUAAAUUAAACAUGUAUGUCACAAGUCAUUUUAUAUAACAUAACAAGAACAAUGGUCUUAAAAAGGUUUCUAAAAGAAAAGGAAAAAGUUAUUUUUGACAACUAGAGAAG